AAUAUAAACGGGACGUUUGUAAGGAGGCGAGCGGCUCUCUGUAUCACCAGCUUCCUGAAACCACAGAGACACAGCUGGCCAAAGAGCGGAGAGACAUUUACAGCGAGGUGAAAUAUAAAGAAGACGGGAAGAAGGGGAUCAGUACCAACUUGUACUCGCUCCUCCCUGAGACCGCGGAGACGCUAUUCGCCAAGCAGAUGUCAGAAAUACAGAGCGAGGCAAAAUACAAGAAGGACAAAGAGGAUCUGCCCAACACGUUAUUCUCUCUGCUGCCUGAAACUCUGCAGACUCAGUUUGUUAAAGAGAUGGCCGAGACGCACAGCGAGGUGAAGUAUAAGGAAGCAGGAAAGAAAGAAGUGAGCAGCUCUCUUUACCACCAGCUGCCUGAGACUCUGGAGACGCAGCACGUUAAAGAGGUCACAGAGCUGCAGAGCCAGAACAAGUACAAGCAGAGCGGGAAGAAGUUGAUGUCGUCCAGUCUUUACGCUCAGCUGCCGCAGACGGCUGAGACACAGCUCGCUGCCAAGAUGUCCGACAUACAGAGCGAGAGUAAGUACAAAGAGGACGGGAUCAGGAGCCUCUCUCAGAGCUUCUACUCUCAGCUCGCAGAAACCGCCGAGACUCAGUUAGCUAGAAGUGUCUCUGAGCUGCAGAGUCAGGCCAAGUACAAGGAGGCGAGCAGGAAGGAGGCGACCAGCUGUCUUUACCACCAGUUACCUGAAACUCUUGAGACGCUACAUGCUAAAGAGGCUACUGAGCUGCAGAGUCAGGUGAAGUACAAGGAAGGAGGUAAGAAAGAGCUGAGCACCAACCUGUACUCUGUGCUGCCCGAGACAGAAGAGAUGAAGAUCGCUAAAGCUGCCAUGGAGCUUCAGAGUGAGAUUAAAUACAAACAGAAAGGCAGACAGGAGAUCAGCAGCAGUGUUUUCCACCACAUGCCGGAGACCAAAGAGAUGGAGUUUGUAAAGCAGAUCUCUGAACUUCAGAGCGAGACAAAAUACAAGAAGGACAAAGAGGAUCUGCCCAACACGUUAUACUCUCUGCUGCCUGAAACGCUGCAGACUCAGUUUGUUAAAGAGAUGGCCGAGACACACAGCGAGAGUAAAUACAAGGAGGCGGGUAAGAAGCAGCGGGUGAACUGCCUGUACUCUCUGCUGCCUGAGACCAAAGACACUCAGCACGCCAAGGAGCAGACCCAGCUACACAGCGAGAAAGUGUACAGGGAGGAGGGUAAGAAGGAGGCCGGCUGCAGCCUGUAUGCUCAGAUGCCCCAAACCAUCGAGACCGUGUUCGCUAAAGAGCUGACCAAGACGCAGAGCGAUAAGUUCUAUAAGGAGAAGUAUAACCGUGAGAAGGGCAAGUCCAGCUACACCAACAUGAAAACACUGCCGGAGGUGGAGCACGCCAUGGAGGUCAACAGGAACCAGAGUGAGGUCGGCUACAGAAAAGGCAAAGAGGAGCUUCAUCACUACAACCCUGUGGUAGACAGACCGGACAUUGUCAACGCCAGCAACGCCGCCAAACUGGCCAACGAUGCAGCCUAUAAGAAUAACACAAAGCUACCGGUUUACAGUGACGGCUCUCUUCUGGAUAGAACAGACAUCCAGCACGCCAAAGACGUUUCAAAACUGGCCAGUCAGGUGAAGUAUAAGGAAAGUUUUGACAAAGAUUUAAAGGGCCAGCGACCCUGUUACAACCCACUGGACUGUCUCUCUUUCAAACACACACAAGCUGCUGCUGCUCUGGCCAGUCAGGUGAAGUAUAAGCUCAACCAGAACCAAAAACCUGAAGGUACCUCAGACCUGCCCAACCUCCUGCAGCUUGAGCAUGUUCUGCACGCCAGCAAACUGCAGAGUAACGUGGAGUAUAAGAAGAAGUAUGAGGAGACCAAGGCUCACUACCACAUCCCUCUGGACACAGCUGAACAGCUCCACCACAAGGAGAACGCAGUGCUGCACAGCCAGGUGAAGUACAGGGAGGAGUAUGAGAGGAACAAAGGUCGCUCUCAGAUGGAGUUUGGAGACACUCAGACCUACAAGGUGUCUAAAGAAGCUCAGAAGAUUCAGAGUGAGAGGGAGUAUCGUAGGGACUAUGUGGAGCAGAUAAAGGGGAAAGCUUUAGUUGAUGCAGACCAGACACCUGGAUACCUGACAGCCCUUCACGCCAGCAGCCUGCUCAGCGAGAAAGAGUACAGGAAAGACCUGGAGCAGGAAGUGAAGGGGCGGGGCUUAUCCGGCAUCGGGCUGGAGGACACACCUGAGUUGCUGAGGGUCAAAAAUGCCACUCAGAUACUGAACCAGAAGGAGUAUCGCAGAGAUCUAGAGAGGGAUAUUGUGGGUAAAGGUAUGGAGCUGAGCACAGAUGUCCUGGAGAUUCAGAGAGCAAAGAGAGCGUCAGAGAUCCAGAGCCAGCGGUCGUACAAGCAGACUGAGCAGCUCAGAGAAAGCUCAUACGGGACGGUUACAGACACACCUGAACUGCUGCACGCCUCCUACCUCAAAGAUGUCUACAGCCAGAAGAAGUAUAAGGACGAGGCAGAGCGUCUGAAGGGACAGUUCAGUCUGCUCUCAGAAACCCCGGAGAUGGAGAGAGUCAAAGCCAACCAGAGACACAUCAGCUCUCUGCGGUACAGCUGGGACUCCAAGCUGAUGAGAGGCUUGUUGUCGUCGGCCACUGAGAUGCCUGAGAUUGUCCUAGCCAGAGAGAACGCUAAGAAGAUCAGUGAUGUCAGCUACAGAGACGAGGUGGGCUGUGGCACCGCUGUCAGGGACACGCCUGAGAUGGAGCGAGUCCGACGCAACCAGGAGAACAUCAGCUCGGUGAAGUACAAGCAGAGCGCAGUGAAGGCCACAAGUGUCGGAGUGACUCCUGAAUUUGAGAGAGUCAGACAAAACCAGGAGAACAUCAGUUCGGUGAGGUACCAGCGCGGGCUGCAGGAAAUGAGAGGGCGGAGCUGCACCGAGCUGGACACACCUGAGUACAGGCGUGUCAGGAAAUCACAGGACUCAGUUUCCAUGGUAGCGGCCUCGCUGCCAUGGCUCCUGGAUGAGCUGUGGGAGGAGCUAACAUGAGUGAAGUGGCACCUCGUGUGGGACUGACACACUUUUACUAACAGCAACAACCAGACGGCAUGGACGACAGAGCUGCUUCUGUGUGUGUUUGUGUGUUUGUGUGUGUGUGUGUGUGUGUGUGUGUGUGUGUGU